UUGCGCCGAGUACAUCCAUACCCUCGGCAAUUCCGACUCCGACAGUACAGAAAAUCGCCGCGUGGUCGGUCCAUCCGGGGCGACCUUGACUUCCCUCUCCAACCUCCUCAGAACCCAGCCAAUCCGCUCAUCCGCUGAUCUCAACUGCCGGGCACUCCGAUCCGGCGACGAUGGAGGGGAACGCCGACGCCUCUUCGACGGCGCCGCUGGCUUGGCACGACUUCCUCGAGCGGAUGCGCCAGCCUUCCGCCGCCGAGUUCGUCAAGUCCAUUAAAAGCUUUAUUGUGACAUUCUCAAACAGAGCUCCUGAUCCAGAGAAAGAUAGUGCUGCUGUCCAGGAGUUCCUGGAAAACAUGGAAGGGGCAUUCAGAGCCCACACUCCUUGGGCGGGCAGUUCAGAGGAAGAACUUGAGAGCGCUGGUGAGGGACUUGAGAAGUAUGUUAUGACAAAGCUGUUUAAUCGGGUAUUUGCUUCAGUCCCAGAAGAUGUGAAGAGUGAUGAAGAACUUUUUGAGAAAAUGUCUUUGCUACAGCAAUUUAUAAGGCCUGAAAACUUGGAUAUAAAACCAGAGUACCAGAAUGAAACAUCCUGGCUGCUCGCACAGAAGGAGCUGCAGAAAAUAAACAUGUAUAAAGCUCCAAGGGAUAAGCUUGCCUGCAUUCUGAACUGCUGUAAAGUUAUUAAUAACUUACUCUUAAAUGCUUCGAUUGUGUCCAAUGAAAACCCCCCUGGCGCUGAUGAAUUUCUUCCGGUCCUCAUCUAUGUCACCAUAAAGGCUAAUCCUCCGCAGCUCCACUCAAAUCUUUUGUACAUACAAAGAUAUAGACGGCAAACACGAUUGGUGUCAGAGGCUCAAUACUUUUUCACAAACAUAUUGUCUGCUGAGUCUUUCAUAUGGAACAUUGAUGGGGAAUCAUUAUCCAUGAAUGAACUGGAUUUUCAAAGGAAGAUGGAUUCGGCAAGGGAACGUUUGUUGGGGUUAUCAGCUGACUCAGAAAACCAGGAUAGUCAAGCCAAUCCUGAUGUCCAAGAUUGGAAAUCACAAAAUCUUAAAGCUAACAGGAAUUCUGAUGCCAGCUUAUCUUUGAAAGAUCACGUCCAAGGUUCAGGACAGGAUAUGAGAAGGGACAGCGAUGUGACUGUGAGUGGUAAACAUGUUGAGCAGGUGCAAUCUGUUUCUGAUUUAGAGAAGAAAGGAGCAGCAGAGCUCCUCAAUGAAGAUGAUUUGAACAAAAAAUUCCAGGAGUACCCCUUCCUGUUUGCCCGUGCUGGUGAUCUGACCGUUGCUGAUGUAGAAAGCCUUUUGAAUUCAUACAAGCAACUAGUACUUCGGUAUGUAGCACUUGCACAAGGUAUGGGUGUCAGCCCUGAAACCACUCUUGCUCGGAGCGGGCAGACAUCUGAUCUUGUAGUGUCUGAGGACCCAGAUAAUUUGAAUAGCGUGGUAAAUGACAAUGAGAAAAAAGUUGAUGAUGUUAUAAGUGAAAAUCAUCAUUCAGAAGCGGUUGACACAGAAGCAUCUGAACAAAUGACCCAGAAAACUGCAGUUGAUUCCAGUGAUGAUCUGAAGGUAUCAGCCUGAGUUGAUUUCUGUGUCAUCAGCCUGAGAAUGCAUGACCUGUUGGUCAAGCCAAGAUGAAGUGGCGAUACAUGGCGGAAGUACUCUUAAGUUUGGUCCUAUAGCUAAAGACGACAAUGAUCACAAAACAGAGUGCACAUUUCCCCUAAGCCAUAUGCAGCAGCUCCUCGAGCCGCAAAUGUUCAUAGUGGAAGAUUAAUGCAUUCUGCUGAAGCUGUUCUUAGAUCCAAAUGUUCAUUGCAUUGUAGUUCUUGGGCUCUGUUGUAAUUUCAUUUUGUGGCGAGCACACCCUUUCGUGUUCUUAUGCUUCUGUAACUAGAGUUUCGGUUAAAUGAAGCUUAGGUCAUAUCAAAAUUUUAUAUUCAGAGCAAAGAGUGAAAAUUCCGAAAACUGAUGCAAUUUUUUGGUAUAUAUUUCGUUAAAUUUUGAUUCA